GACCACUCGCGCGAUUCCCAAAUACUUUUAUUUCUUUCUUAUCUCUCCUUUUCACUCCCCUUUUCUUCUCCUUCCCUCCUUUUCCCUUCUCUCUUCCCCUAUUAUUGUUAUUUUUCCUUCUCCUUUUUCUUUUUUCUUCUUCUCUUGCCACUACCUUACUAUUCCCUUUCAGGUACCUACACAGACAGGAGUCACUGUAGUUCCCUAAACUUCCCAGCAACCCGUAGCUCCCCAAUCACUCUACAAAUUACAACCCACAAAACAUCCACCUCACCGAAGCUAAAAGCAAGAAAGCAGAGGGGAUUUCCUUAUCCACUGCAGGAGUGAACCGAACAACUCGAACCAAGCCCUAAGAACUAGACGCGAGAGAUCAAAAACUACCAGUUUUCUACGUUCUCACUAUCAAUAUUGGAUAUUGGAUCUAUUUUUGACCUUGAAGAGACUCAAUUUCACUGUUGCUAAAGCUUUCUAGUUCAUCUUCUACAUGCGGGAAUGGAUGAGCUUUCUCUGUAUUUUUCAACCGAGAAUGAAACAUCGAAGACCAAGUUAGGUGGAAAACUCACUAAGUCUUUCUCAAUACCGAAUCGCUUUCAUAAUGACUCCCAGCAGCGUAAAAGUUUCAGAGAUUGCACCAAAAAGAAUAAAACCAUGGAUUCUGGUGUAGACAGUAAUCACCCAUUCUGUAAGCUGAGUGCUGCUCCUAACAACAAAAAUGUUUCUACGAAAAUGCCGUAUAUGCUUCCUCCAGAAGUCGAGGAGGGUAAUAUUGAGUACAAACGGAAAUUAGUUGAUCCAACACCGAAUCGUUUUGAACAACUUGUUACACAAAUGAAAUGGCGUCUUAAUGAAGGUGGUGGCAAGGCUAUUUACAAAUUGGGUGUAGAUGAUGAUGGACAUAUUAGUGGACUACGUCCAACCGAACUAAUCAGUUCAUUAACAACACUUGAACGAAUGGCAAAACGAUUAAAUGCUACUCUUCAUCCCUUAAGAGAACGUAUUAUUGAACCAACUGAAAUUUCAUCAGAUAAAGAAUAUCGUAAAGCUGUUGAAUUACUUGUUCGUUUGGCGCCGACAACUAAUGAAGGUUCACCUGAUAUGUGUAUAGCCUUAGUUGGUGGAAUGGAUUCAGGCAAAUCAACUUUAAUCAGUGUUUUAACAGAUGGAGAAUUGGAUAAUGCUCGUGGAAAAGCUCGAUUAAAUCUAUUUCGUCAUUUGCAUGAAGUUCAAUCUGGUCGUACAAGUAGUUUAAGUCGUGAGCUAUUAGGCUUUGAUGCAAAUGGGAAUGUGACUAAUUAUAAGUAUGCAGAUGGUAGAGUUUAUCGACGAUCUGCAGAAGAAGUUAUCCGGAUGUCAUCUAACCUUUUGACUUUAAUCGAUUUGGCUGGACAUUCUAAAUAUCAGCGUACAACGCUAUCUGGUAUUGCUUGUAAUCAACCAGUAAUGGGUAUUUUAGUUAUAUCAGCAACGAUCGGUUUAAGUACAAUUGGAUUAGAGCAUAUCCAAUUAAUUCGUUCACUAAAUUUACCAAUGAUUGUAGUUUUAACAAAAAUUGAUCAAUUAUCUAAUGGUAUAGAACAAAGUAAACGUAUUAAUUCAAUUUACCGCCAAUUAGUUUAUCAAUUUAAACAAAUUGAAAAUGCUUGGUCGUAUGGAAUGCUAUCAACAUUGAAUAAAUCAUCAAUGAAUGAAAAAUUUUCAGCUUUGGAUGGUUGGCUACUAAAUUCAACCAGAGAUUCACAUGGUAAUACGUGUAUGCCGCCAUUUUUUCCUGUAUCAUCUGUAACAGGUCAAGGUAUUGAUAAUUUAAUCCAAUUUUUAAGUCGACUUAGUUGUUUAAAUCAUCCAAUUAAUGAAUUAUCAUUACAAUCUGAAUUAUCAAGUGUAAAUUUUAAUCAAAAGUCUACUGUAAAAUAUCAUCAACAAACAAAAUUACAACAAACUAUCAAUUUAACAGAUUUUUCAAAUCAAAAUCAAAUCACUUUAAUAUUGAAUAAGAUAAGAGAACAAAUGAAAAUUGUUAAAACGUAUAGAGAUUUUAAUGGAACUUUAUUUUGGAUUAAUCAAGUGUUUACACAAAUUCCGGGUGUAUCAAAUCCUGUUCUUGUUGGACGCGUACAACUUGGUCAAUUGUUAAAUAACCAAAUAUUAUGGCUUGGUCCAGAUCAUUUUGGUGAUUUUUGUCCAGUUCAAAUAGUCAGUUUAAUGCAUAAUCGUCAAGUUCAUGAUAUAGUUUAUGCUGGUCAAUCAGCAUCAAUGGAAGUGAAUUUUCUACCGAAAUCAUGGAAUUCAUUAACUCAUCAAGAACGUAUCAAUAUUUUACAAAAUAUUUCUUCAUCUUAUCAUUCAUUAGAUCAAAAAAGAUCUCAAUUCUUAUUAUUUAGUAAUGAUAAUGAUACAGGAAAUGAAGAAAAUAUUCCAUAUAAUAAUUAUAAUCAUAAGAAGAUUAGUAAUCAUGGUGUUCAUGAUGAUAAUCAUAACCAUAAUAAUAACGAGGAAAAGGAGAAAACUACUAAUCGUUCAGAUAUGUAUCAAUUUUCUUCACCGAUUAAAUUACGUCGUGGAAUGAUUCUUCUCACUUAUCCAAUGUUAAUGAAUUCACAUUUAUCUACUUAUGUAUUGUCAUCAUCAACAAUAGACUCACCAUCGUCAUCAUCAUCAUCAUCACCUAAUCAAUCUUCUUCUCCAUCUAUUGGUGAAUCAUUCAUUUGGAAUCAACACUUGAAAUCAAAGCAUCAAAUUAAUUUUACAGUAGUAUGGACAGUGAAAUUACAAUUAAUACAUCGUUUGCCAAUUGUUUCAUUUAAAUUAGGCACACCGCCUAUUAUAUUAACACCAAUUCCACCAGUUGGUCAACGUGUAACUAUCUAUGCUGGAUGUAUAUGUCAAACUGGAGUUAUUCUUGAUAGCAGUAUUGAAGAGCAUCAUCAUCAUCAUCAGAGACGACAAAAACAAAAUGACAAAGAACAUAAUCAUCUAACAGAAACUACUCAUAUAUAUGUACGUUUUACACGUCAUCCUGAAUGGAUAGAACUUGGUCGUCAAUUUAUACUAACAUGGAAUGGAAAUUUAAAAACUAUUGGUUAUGCUGUCGGUUUAAUUGAUCCAUUGAAUCAUAAUAACACUAUUCUGCCUCAUCCUCCUCCUCCUACUACUACUACUAAUAACAAUAAUAAAAUUGUUAAUGGGGAUGAUAUUAAGGAUUCUGUUCAUUCGAAUACCGUUAAUAAUUACUUCUGUAGAAAUACUCGAAAUACUUUAUCUUUUCAUGAGAAAGAUGAUUAUGAUUGGUCCAGUUUACGUAUGUCUUUUAUUAAUCGAAUGAAUUCAUCUGAAAUUGAAAAUCAUUAUGGAUCAAUUGGUAAUCUACCAUUAUUAUUAUCAUCAUCAUCUAUGGAAUUUUAUACAAAUUAUACAAAGAAAUCAAUGAAUGAACAAUUCAAUUUAAAUCAUGAUACUUCAACAAUGCUUAAUUUGACCACUUUACCAGAAAUAGAAAAUCAAGAUUCUACUAUACAAAAAAGUAAAACUAAUAAUGAUGUAGUAAAGUAUACAGAUAUUACUUCAUCUAUUGUUACAGUAGAGUCUAAUUCUAAUCAAUUAACAAAUGAUAUUUCAAUUAAUAAUAAUAAUAAACAAUUAUCACAAUCUACUAAUUAUCAUAAAUCUUUAUCAUCAAAUAAACGCCGUCAUCGACGGAAACAAAAACGUUAAUUUCUUGUAACAUUCACUUUAACUUAUUCAUUUCAUCGUCUAUUUAACAUUCAAUUUUGUUUUAUCAUAUUUCCUUCUCAUUUUUGUUCUUUUUUUAAUGUGUAAACGCGCGCCCGCAUCUUUUGAAUGUUUUGUAUUCGUUUAAAGUUAAAUGUUGGUUAGUUCAUUCAGUAUCUUUUGUGAAUGUAUAUGCUUAAUUAUCCAACUUUUUUAAUAUGUAAAUAUACACAAACAUGGUUGUUUGCUUGUGUGUGUGUGUGUAUGUAUGUGUACGUGCAUCUGUCUAUCUGUCUGUCUGUUUCUCAUCAUGUAGUAGUACCCAUGAUCCGGCUGUAUCUCAUCUGUAUGCACUAUCCUUGUUUAUUACAGCCUUUAACUCUACAAUUAUUAUGUAUGCAUACGUGUGUUUGUGUGUGUAUAGUCAGUUCGACAGACUGUUCUGUCAUAUUCAGCAUCUAAUUAUUCUCAAAUCUCUUCCUUCAUAAACUUUUAAUCGAUUUUUAUAGAAAUACUCUACUUAUGAGUAGUAGUAGUAGUAGUGAUGUUACGAACGGAUUGUGCUAUUCUUUCUCUCUUCUAUGCUAUAGUAUUGAUGACCAUAGUAGUUUUCACAGUUACUAUUAUUUAUUGUUCAAAUGAACGAUUCUCGUUGGUGACAAAAAUGAGAGGUAGGCAAAAAGAUUCUGUUGUUCUUUCUAUGAUUGUUAUAAUCAUUUAUUCGAGAUUUGUUUGUUUGAAAUUAUUUUCCUUUUUUUAUUCACCAUCUUUUUUUAUCAUUCAUUAAUGUUACUAGUGAUAGUAAUUAUUGCUUAGAGUUAUUCACCGUCUCCCAUCCUUAUCACUUAUGUUAAAAGCAUUACUAUUAACCGUAGAUACUGCUAGUUCAUUGUAUUCUGCGUUUUCAGUGCUUUCUGUCCAAGCAUCCUUCAUAAUUCAAAGAACAAGUUUACUUGUUCAUCACCUUUUUGACCUUGAUGUGUUUUUUUUAACUCAUUAUUUUUUGUUGAUUUCGUUAUCCAUAAAUUCAUUUGCGAAUAUUGUUGAUUUGUGUGUUCACUUUCCUACUGCAGUAUAUUUAUACUUGUGUAUAGUGUGUGACUACUUAAUUUCGUUUGUAAGUAGGCAAAUAAUUUGUGUUGAAAGUUAUGGAGAUAUGUUGAGAUAAGGAGUUGCUGAAAUGCCCAUUACUUUU